UGACAAGAAGAGUCUGGUGUCGCUAUCUGGGAACCACGGCCUGGACGUGCACGUGCAGCACAGUGUGAAGAUGGUGCCCUCCACGCAAAGGCUGAGUGUCCUCAUAGCGCCCAAGGUGAACAACGCAACAGCUGGACGGGGUAACAGCUCGGUGCCAGCCAAGGGACGCUAUCAUCGUAACAUUCCCACAAACGACUCUGAAGCUCUGAAGCUGGAAGUGGCUCGCAUCAACUCGGAGCAGUACGUGCACAACCUUGAUCGCUAUGGACUCAGUCUGGGCACUGGCAGCCUGGUCAUCGUCAUACAGACCCACGACAGGCCUGAGUAUUUGAAGAUCUUGUUGGACUCAUUGCGCAAAGUGCAGGACAUUGAGCGCAGUCUUCUGGUCAUCAGCCAUGAUGUCUACUCUCACCAGCUCAACGAGAUUGUCGAGACAGUUGACUUUUGUCCGGGCCCUGCUGAAGAAAUGUAAUAACGCAGAACAUCCUGACAAGUACGGCCACUACAGGGAAGCCAAAUACUGCCAGGCAAAACACCACUGGAUCUGGAAGCUCCAACAUGUUUUUGAGGGAAUAAACUUGCUGAGGGACUAUGAGGGAGAGGUCAUGCUGCUGGAAGAUGAUUACUAUUUGUCUGAAGAUAUCAUUUUUUCAACGCACAUGCUGCGAGGACUGAAAGAAAGAGAGUGUCCAGACUGCCGGAUGUUGGUGCUGGGGAACUACGACAAGAAUCAAAACUAUGCCAUCAACGGUGCCAAGGUGGAGCGGGCUUAUUGGAUCUCCUCCAAGCACAACAUGGGGAUGACGUUUAACCGCUCCGUGUGGCAAGAUAUAAAAACUUGUGCCAAUGAAUUUUGCUCAUUUGAUGACUACAAUUGGGACUGGACCUUACAGCACCUCAGCAUGAAGUGCAUCCCCAACAAGGUCCGGUUGCUUGUUAUGAAGGCUUCCAGAAUUUUCCACGUAGGGGAAUGCGGAAUGCACAAGAAAUCCAAAAACUGCGACCCCAAGGCCAAAGUGAGGCAGGUGGAGACAAAACUGGCAGAGAACCACAAACACCUGUACCCCAAUAUGGUGUCGGUGGCAGGCGACUCGCGACUCAAACUGCGCGACCCCAAGCCCAAUGGAGGCUGGGGAGAUCUCAGAGACCACAAUCUGUGCCGGAAAUACUUUAACUUGACCGCUGCAGUGAGAUAAUGCAGGCUGUUUCUCUAUGAGAUGUGUGAAUAGCUGGUUGGCGUGCAAGGAAGGGCAGUGGGUGGUAUGCGUGUGCGAUGGAUUCCUUGUGUCAGUUUGGGAGCAGCGGCUGGUCUAUUUGUGAUCAAGUGUUUUCACCCUUCUAGUCUCUCAUCUGGAAAGAGGAGAUGUUUACCCAAUUGAAACUAUUUUUUUCAUCAGUGUUGCUUGCCCUAAAAGUAUUUGUAUGGACUGUCUGUGAGACGAUAGUGGUGGCAACCUUUUACAUUGUGUGAAAGUUAAAGGGUAAAUUGACUGCAUUUUCUGUCUUUAGAACAGUUCGGCACAUCAAUAAACAAGUGAUGGUUGUUCUUAGUAAAUGAAUGGGAGGCAUACGACUACCCUCACAGACAGCAAGAGUGCUGAACAGUUGGACUCGAUGAACUAAAUGAGAUGAGCAGGCAUUCAAUGUGGAGGUGAAGUGGUUUCUGAACAAUUCUAUGAUCUGAAUACCAAUGCUUUCUUUACUGAUAGCAGUGAGUGUUUCACAUAUAUGUGUCACGAUGCAGUGGAAUCAGAUGCUUGUCAAUUUUGGGCAUAUGGAGUUAUUGCUAUCGUCUUAAAAAUUGUUCGUUUGUCUUACUUUUGAUGAAAAAAUUCCCCCCCCCCCCGCCUAUCUUGAAUAAAAGUAGAGAUAUUUGAGAUAUAAGGAAAUGUAAGAGGUAAAAAUUAGCGAGAAAAUAGCCGCCAAAGUUUGGUGACU